CUUCACUUUCACUUCAGCACAGAGGUCAGAGGCCGGCAUGACGUCAGUUCCCGCGCUAGGGAUGUUGGGAAGCUGAGGCGCCCGCCCUUUCCCCCCCACAGCCAUCGACAGACUGGAGGAGGUGGAGGCCGCGGGCAGCCUAUCUCGCUGUAGCCGACAAGCCGUCACGGUAUGGAAGCAGAGGAGACGAUGGGCUGCAUUCAGGAGUUCCCAGACCAUUACAAAGUCAUGUUGGACAGACUAAAUGAACAGCGAGAACUCGAUCAGUUUACUGACAUCACAUUAAUAGUGGAUGGUAAUCAAUUUAAAGCUCACAAGGCCGUUCUUGCUGCAUGCAGUCACUUCUUCUACAAGUUUUUUCAAGAUUUCACUCAGGAGCCAUUAGUGGAAAUAGAAGGAGUCAGCAAUGCCGCCUUUCGCCACCUGAUAGACUUCACCUACACAGCAAAACUGAUGAUACAAGAUGAGGAGGAGGCUAGCGACAUAUGGAAAGCAGCAGAAUAUCUACAGAUGCAUGAGGCCAUCAAAGCACUUGAAUUCAGAAACAAAGAAAGUAUUAUAAUUGAGGCCUCGGACCAAACAGAAGGCACAGACAGCAUAAAGAAGUGGAAGAUUACAGAAUCUUCAGACGUUCUCACAGAAACAUUACCGGCCUCAGACGGAGAACCGCUGGAAAUCGAAGUAGAAAUCGGUGAGAAAACAAUUGAGCUUGAUGACAAUGUGGCAACCAUGGAAGAGGUGGCUACAGCCGAGCAGUCCAUUAAGUACAUCCAAAGCACAGCUACAUCCGAUGAUUCUGCCCUAGCUCUCCUGGCUGACAUAACCAGCAAAUACCGACACGGGGAAAGGAAAAGGCAAUUAGAGGAGGAGAGUAGCAAUGAAAGCGAUGCGGCCGGCAAACAGGUAGAAGGCUCUGAAAUUAUGGAGGUUCAUCUGUCACAUGUCAACAACAUAUUCCAUUGUCAGAAAUGUAAUCGCUCAUUUAAAUUGUUUUACCAUUUCAAGGAACACAUGAAAUCACACUCCUCGGACACUUUCAAGUGUGAAAUAUGCAAUAAAAGGUACGUGCGGGAGAUUGCCUGGAAGCAACACCUCACCUGUUACCACCUGGAUGAAAGUGCGGCCAACAAGAGGCCGAGACCAGGCAAAAAGAUACACGUGUGCCAGUACUGUGAUAAGCAGUUUGAUCACUUUGGACACUUUAAAGAGCAUCUGCGUAAGCACACAGGGGAAAAACCAUUCGAAUGCCCUAACUGUCACGAGCAUUUUGCUAGAAACAGCACCCUAAAAUGUCACCUGUCGGCUUGCCAGUACGGCGUCGGUGCCAAAAAGGGAAGGAAGAAGCUGUAUGAAUGUCAGGUUUGCAACAGUAUCUUUAAUUGCUGGGACCAGUUUAAGGACCACCUGGUGCUUCACACUGGGGAAAAGCCGAAUCACUGCACGCUCUGCGACAUGUGGUUCAUGCAAGGCAGCGAGCUAAGGAAACAUCUGCAAGAGGCUCACAACAUCUCAGAGAGAAUCGUGACAGAGGUCGUCCUUCCUUCCGAAUCCACAGAGAACGAGUCCAUAUCUUCUAUGACAUUUGUGGAACAGGUGGAAGAAGUCCACGUGGUGCCUGUAGACCAGGUCAUACAGGUGCAGGUGGAUCCUCCGCAGUUAACGGUUGGUCACCUGCACCAAGACCUUCUUGAGGUGAACCAAGUGAAAGGGGCACAUAUACUGGAUCUACAGACCCAAGUGCAGCUGGGUCACAUUGAGGUGGAACACCUACACAUAGAGCCAGGCACUGAAAUACAAGUUGAAGAAGUGCACGUGGAACACGUAAACCAGAUACACAUGGAAGAGGUUGAGGCAGAACUUUUGGAUGCGUCCAGUAUACAGCACAUCGAGCAGGCCAUCGAAGAACAAUCGGAAGAGGGAGAACUUCACCACAUUGUCCACACGGGGGCAGAAACCCUGCAGAUCAAACAGAUGGAAAUUACACAUAUUGAAGCGACUGCCGAGUAGAGUGAAGAACUGCAUGCUGCUCUAGUUACAAAAGGCAUACAAAUAUAUUUGUCAGAUAUUCUGAAUUCAGCUAUUAAGAGAGACAUUCUUUUCACCGCUACAUAAUCUCGUGAUGGUAAAGCUUAACUAUACACAACCGGUCAUCCCUAAGGGAAAAACAAAUCGUUGCUUGGCUUCAGUUUGCAGAAGUUGCGGAUAAAUUUAGGUUAUAUUUACAGCUGCUGUUUGGGGCCCAUAAUGUGUCCCUGGCUGUUGUUCCAGACACCAUGUGAUACCACAGUCACAUGUUCUGCCUGGAGCUGACCCUGUGAAAGGGGUGAGUUGGGUGCUCCAGUAGCAAGGAAAGCUGUCACAUAGCAACCACUCCAUGCACUGUUGUAUUCCUGGCAGUAGCUGUUUGGUGGACCGAACAAGCAAAUCACGCAUUUGGAUUUCAACUUAAACUGAAUAAUGUAUAUUAUUUUAAAGAUGGCAGUAUUCCUUAAAGGAGAAGGAAAGCUACCAAGGCAGUUUAUUGCCAAUAGAUUAGCCACAACAGUGCAAGCUAGAGCACCAUUGUGAUUCUGUGGAAUGCUUUUCCAUACCUGAGUAAACAGCUCUAGACAUGGUCUCUGUUUUUUUAGGAUGGCAGAUGACAUAUUCGCUUGAUGUUACAUCACUUCCUGCCUGAGUCUCUCUCUGCUCACUCAUAGCUCUGAGCUCAGAUUACAGCAGAGAGGGGAGGGGGAGAGGAACAAACUGAGCAUGCUCAAGCCCAAGCCCUGGAGGUUUAAACU